CAGAAGUAGUGAUUAAGAACAUUUCAACUCCAGUGAAGUUUGUGUAGACGUCGUUAGCUGCUCUUCCUCUCAGCCACACAGUGGCGGGGACAAACUAACACCGAGCCGGCUCUCUUGGAUCUCACCAUGGAGGCACACCGGGCGUUCCUGUGUGUCCUGCCCGUGUUUGUGGCUCUGCUCUCGGACAGGUUCGUGGCGCUGGCUGCCUUCUCCCAGUCCCUGGACAGCGACUUCACGUUUACCCUGCCUCCCGGUCGGAAGGAGUGUUUCUAUCAGACCAUGAGGAAAGAUGCCUCCCUGGAGAUCGAAUAUCAGGUAUUAGAUGGCGCAGGUCUCGAUGUUGAUUUUGAUAUCUCGUCUCCCUCUGGCCAAGUGCUGUAUAGUGACUACCGCAAAUCGGAUGGAGUACACACUGUUGAAACCGAGGAUGGAGACUACAUGUUCUGCUUUGACAACACAUUCAGCUCCGUCUCUGAGAAGAUCAUCUUCUUUGAGUUGAUCCUGGACAAUAUGGAUGCAGACAAAGAUCCAGAUGAUUGGAAAGAGUAUGUCCAGGGAACAGACACGCUGGACAUGAGGCUGGAGGACAUUAUGGAGACCAUCAACAGUGUCAAGGCUCGACUUGGCAAAAGUGUACAGAUCCAGACGGUGCUGCGGGCAUUCGAGGCUCGUGACAGAAACAUCCAGGAGAGCAACUAUGACAGGGUGAACAUUUGGUCAGUGAUAAGUCUCUUUGUCAUGAUGAUGGUGUCGUCGGUUCAGGUCUACCUGGUUCGCUCGCUCUUUGAAGACAAAAGGAAAGUUCGUACAUAGCCCCACUCCCAACGGAGGGACAGACAGAGAGAGAGAGAAACUAACGCCCACAGAUAUCUUCAUAUUUUUUUUUGCAGCUGAUCUCCCAGGCUUGUGACUCCUAACACAAGAUAUUUUCAAUACACAAACAUGACCAUGCAUACACACAGACAUACUGAUAUUCUUAAUAAGAAAAUGUGACAGUUUGCGGGACAGCAGGAGCCCCUGUUUUUGAGCAGAAACUAGUAACCUCAGUCUCUUUACUAGAGGAAUCUCCUUGUCUCUCUCUUUUUAUUGUUGUUGUUUGUUGUUGAUCUAUAGUUCAUCCUUGCUCUGCUAAGUCUUCAAAGGAAGCGACAUCCCUGGCAUGAUCAUGAUGAGUCUAUUUUUCUAAAGAGCUAAUGGCAAAAAUGUCUUCUUUUUUUUCUUCUUCUGAGGUUUUUAUUUGGGUGUUGAGUUAAAUUAUAUGAAGAGGGGCCUGGUGUCUGGAGUACUAGAUUUUUUUUCCUGACAAACAGGUGGGAAGUUCCACCAGUGUGCCCCAAUGUCUUCCCAUACAUUAGCUUCUUCUUAAAAUGUACCCAUAUGUCACUGAGAUGCCUUAGAGGUUUGUAUAUAGCUGCCUGUUGUCAGUCUGUGAGGCCUUUGGAUAUAUUCCCAUUGUUACAAACAUUUGCGUUGUUAACAGAAGAUAAGUCACUCUUUCAUCUUUUAUGCCAAAACUGAAACGCCAGGUUUUCAGGUGGGGACACUUUGCUAUUGCUGCUCUCUAGCACCCAAGGGACAAGGGAGUAAGAGGAACACAACUGAGCCAAAAUCUCUGCCCUACCCUGGGACUUCUCUCCUCUGCUGUGACUUGUAGCCUAGUGGCCUAAAUGGCUGCCAACUCCACGACCCUCUGCUGUGACAUGGCAGGUAUCCGAUUACAGCCACCUACUGUGUGAAGACGUUCGGCCUGACCUGUCUCUCUGGUGACAGAAGUCUAUUUCUAUCUUAGCGACACCUGCAAGGUCAUUACCACUGCUACAUGGAUGCACUGUUCAGUUUGAUGUACACAAACAUGUCACUGCUUUGGCCACACUCGUGCUCUUUUUAAAUGCUUGUGUCUUUAUUCUGAUACUCCCAUUUUAUUAGCCAAUUUAGCAAUUUAACAUUAUGAGUCCUGGAGUAUUAUUGAAUUAUCGGGGCCCCCUGGAAAUGGGUCUUGCCCUGAUGUUUCGGUGGAGGAGCACUUUGAGGCGUUUUUCUCUCAUUGGUCGUUUGUAUACUAGUCGGAUACUCUGGUAACUUGUGAUUGUGUUUGCCAAGAGUAUUUCUGUCAUUGGUAUUUACUGAUCUUCACAGUUGAAACCUGGUUGGAAGCUCCAUGCUGCCAUCAUUUCUAUUUUCCCCGGCUCUGCUGUUGGGCAGAGAUCAUACAGUGAGUCAUUGUUUAACAGCCAUAUGGUGAAAGUGCUUUAAAAAUAUACUUAUUUUUGUUUUCAAAACGUUUUUCCAUACAGUUUGGGUAUAUCAAACAGAGUAUUUAGCAUACUUGCAAAAACACAGGAUGUGUGGUUGUAAGAAAUGUUCAUCCUCUGUUCGCUGCUUAUUACCAUCCUUUAUUCCUGUGCCAGCUAAUCUUAACCAUGGUUUCUAGUGCUUCAUUUAACUAGUGUAUUUUGAGAUUAAGUGAUGGAGAUUAUAGUAGAAACCAGUUUCUGUUACAUUCUUAAGUCCUUCAGAGUUCUACAAAAAUAAAAUAUACAAUAUUUUUAAAAGCAUUUCUAUGUUACUGAGAAGGAGUUUGUUUAAUUGUCUUAUGCAACAGCCACACUGUUUUUGAAAAAAAUAUUUUUACUACCCUGGUGGAACAGUGGGGAGAAGUGAAUGUGAUCUACUGUGGUAUUUAUUCCACUAAUGCUCUGUAGUUUUAAAUGUGUGUGUAAAUUAAUAAAACAAUCAUAAUUUUUCUGA